AUGUCUUCCCCGUACCUUUUUAGCUGGUUGCUCGUCCACUACCUUCUCCAAGCCGUGGACGGCAUCCAACUCUUCACUCCAGAAAGCGCACCGGCCGGUCUCUCCGGGCCCUGUGUAAGCGCAUUAACGGCUGAUGUUGCUUGUAGCCGGCCGGUCCCGCGAUUUCGCUAUGGCUACUUCUACUCAGAGUCGACGCUCAACAACUCGUGCACCUCCGAGUGCGAAAAGGCCCUCAGCGCAUACGAGACCGCCAUCGCGUCGUCGUGCGCAGACGACACUUGGGAGGGCUACGAUGACGAGGGCGGGGCCCCGAUCGUCUACAUCCCUAGCCUCUUGCGGUACCAGUAUUCUCUGACCUGUCUGAAGGAGAGUGGACGGUGGUGCAAUGUCGUCACCGGCAGUGCAGCCACUGUUGACGAUCCCGGAGACAGCCCCAUACGGUUCACGGACAUUGUCGCGAAUGGCACCCAGGCAGACCCUUGUGACAUGUGCUUCAUCCUCUCCCUACGAAUACAGGCCAGCGUCCCAUUUUAUGAUGGACCGGCUAUACUAAGCCAGUCCGUCUACCAAUCCAAGACUUCGAGCUGCAAAGUUGAGGGGAUGCCCAUCACAACAUCUUCAUUGCCAUUCUCCGUGUUAGUACUGCCCUAA